GGUGCCCCACUUUGUUGUGUGAGCAGCAGCAGCGGCAGCAGCAGCAGCAGCAGCAGGAGGAGGAGCGGGGCUUGUCGUAGCAUACGGCUCUGCUGCCCGGGGACGUCGGCGCACUCGCUGGGCCCUCACUCACCGCUCUCAACAUGGAGUUCUUACUGGGGAAUCCGUUCAGCACGCCGGUGGGACAGCUGAUAGAGAGUGCGACCAGCUCCAGUCUGCCAUCAGAAGACUGGGCUCUCAACAUGGAGAUCUGUGACAUGAUCAACUGUGCAGAGGAAGGACCUAAAGACGCAGUCAGAGCCAUAAAGAAAAGGAUUGUGGGGAACAAGAACUUCAAGGAGGUCAUGCUGGCGCUCACUGUCCUAGAAACUUGUGUGAAGAACUGCGGCUACAGGUUUCACAUCCUGGUGACGACGCGUGAUUUUGUAGAGGGGGUUCUGGUCCGGUCGAUCAUCCCGAGAAACAACCCUCCAUUAGUCCUGCAUGACAGAGUGCUCAGUAUUAUACAGGCGUGGGCCGAUGCAUUCCGCAGCUCACCUGACCUGACAGGUGUGGUGUCUGUGUAUGAAGAUCUAAGAAGGAAAGGUCUUGAGUUCCCCGUGACAGAACUGGAUGGUUACUCACCCGUCCAAGCCCCACAGAAGACUUUGCCUGGGAACGGGCCUGCUGUCACUACUCUGCCUGCUGUGGUUCUUCCUUCCAAACCUCCGCUCAACCCACCCCAGACUUCUGAGUUCAAACUGGCCCUAGAGGGAACCACUGCCUUCACUCCCAGCCAGAUUAAAAAGCUGAAGAACGAGCUGGGAGUGGUGCGAAGCAACCUGACCAUGAUGUCAGACAUGAUGAGUCAGCUGGAUCCUGUCACAGUAAAACAAGCAGACAUGGAGCUACUGGAGCAGUUAUACACAGUUUGUAAGGAAAUGCAGGAGAGGAUAGUGAAGAUGGUCCCCAGACUCAGUGAGGAGAAGCUGAUUGAAGAGUUGCUGGCAACUAACGAUGAGAUGAACACUGCCUUUACUCGCUACCAGAGGUUUGAAAGACGAAUAGCAAACGGUCCAAAUGCAACACAGAAGAGCCACUCAUACGUCAACCUCACAGACCUCGAUUUGACAGGUGCUGCGUCACUUACCAACAACAUCUCACGCAGCCAGUCAAGAGCUGAGAGCUUGUCCAGCCAGAUGGCAAGACUCAGUACAAGUGAAUCAGACGACACAUUAUCACAGAAAAUAAAUGUCUCAACUCAACAAAGACCAAGCGAGCAGAGUGAAGUUGCAGUGGACGGCCUGGCUCAAGCUCUGGACAGCAGGCUACUAAACACUGGAACGGAUGGCAGCCCAGCCUCCACCUGCAGCUCCUCACCUAAGUUAGAUUGGAUGAUUAAAAGGGGAAUGAUUCCUAUCACCCAGUCUAACCAGCCCGAUGUAAUGGAUGAUAUUGAGAAGUGGCUAGCAUUGGAUGAUGAGUAUGAUGACUUUGAGGACUCAGACGGUGUGACCAGUGAAGAGUUUGACAAGUUUCUGGCAGAAAGAGCAAAAGCGGCCGACCGCCUGCCGUCGCUGAGAGCCUCCUCACAGGAUAACAACCACUCCGAGUCUUAAGCUGCACUUUAAACCUGCCAAACUAACACUAGUCCUGAAGCUCCUGCGCCUUCGGCUGAAAAGUGGAGAUUUUAGAUCAAUGGUUGAAUGGCACAUAUGACAUGGGAAUUACUGCCCAUAUAUGAAGAAGGACAUCGUGGCUUUGUAUACUGCUUUUACUUGGGAGAAAAGGUGUUUGGUUUUUUAACUGAUAAGAAAUAAUUUUAUUUCAUGUGAGAUGAAGGUUUUUACUUGACAUUGUUAUAAGUGUUUGUCCAUGUGUGGAAUGCAAACAUUUGCACAUUUUAUAUGGUUACAUUCCUGCUGUUGAAUGAGAGAGAGGAUAUUGUUACAAAAACAAAUUUUGCAACUUUAGGUUAUAUGUUAUAUUGCUGAUAUAUAUGUUGUCAUCUGAAUGAUGAUGGGUUGCAGAUAAAUGUCCCUGUUAACGUAGCAAACACUGCAAACUUGUAUGUCAGCCUUCUGCAUUAAGGAACGCUUUGAUACCUCACAUCGCUGUUGUUGUAGGAUGUCAAAGAAAUCUUAAUGAGGUUUCCCUCCAACAUUCCUGUGUGAAGAAGUCUUACUUGAAAUUUAACAGGAAGUCCUGACAGAUUGCUGUCAUACAUUAAACUAAAACGAUUAACUGGAAGUCUGGCUGUUAUUAUUGUAACCUCACAGUGCAGAACAUUUUAAGGUUUAUUGCUGUAUAAUCACAUUCAUGGCUUUGCAGGUGUGUGACCCCUGCAAAUCUUUUUAAUUCCUGUCUGUUGUGAAUUAAAU